CUGAACAUAAACGGCCGCCGGUUUAAGUCAAAAACUCUUAGCAAUGGAUGAUGAAGAUCAAAAAGUGGCUGUAAUGCGUAAAGCAUUUCAAAUGUUUGACACGCAAAAAAAUGGUUUCAUCGAAACAAUAAAAAUCUCAACCAUCCUGAAUACAAUGGGUCAAUUGUUCGAUGACAAUGAACUGCAAGCGCUUAUUGAUGAAAAUGAUCCAGAUGCUACCGGCAAGGUUAAUUUCGAUGGAUUCACAAAUAUUGCCGGACAUUUUCUCCAAGACGAUGCUGAGGAUGCCGAAGCCAUGCAACAAGAACUAAAGGAAGCAUUCAGAUUAUACGAUCGAGAAGGAAAUGGAUAUAUUACAACAAGCACGUUAAAAGAGAUUUUGGCCGCGUUGGACGAUAAACUGAAUAAUGCCGAUUUAGAUGGUAUAAUCGCUGAAAUUGAUACAGACGGAUCAGGCACUGUUGAUUUUGAUGAAUUUAUGGAAAUGAUGACCGGUGACUAAAGAAGUUUUUGCACAUGUGAAUCUUAAUUAUACCCAAUUUUUUUAUAAGUACUAUAAUUUUUAUCUGCAUUUUCUCGCAUCACUUCUUCUUAUUUUUCUCUUCAUAAAUUGAAAUUGACAUUUUAAAUUUUAUGUGAAGAUAACACCGUGACCUGUAAUAAUUUCAAUUUACAAAGAAGGCAAUGCGACAUUUCAAUUUACAAAAAUUUGCGCAUUCACCGAAAAAAAAGUAUUAUUUUUAAUGAGCGAAGAAAAUUGUUACCUUUUUUGUAUCUAAAAAAAUGUGUGGAAAAUUCGUAUACAUCAGAAAAGCUCACAGCGGGAGGCUCACACGUUGAUGUUUAAAAAUUACAAAAUA